AUUAUAUUGGGAGGGAAGGCUCUGAGAAAUGUUCCAUAAUCCAUGGUGGCUUCCAUUUUGCACACGCUAAAUUCCUCUUUCUUCUUCUGUUUAUUUCACACCUUCCCUUAUAACUGCCAUCUUUCCCUUCUUCCAUUUCUCAGCUUUUUCUUCUUCCCCCAAUUUUGAUCGCCCCAAAAAAUCCCUUCUUCUUCUUCUUCCCAUUUUGCUUACCCCUUUCCCCCUUACCCAUCUGGAUUUUCGUCCCCCCUUUAACCAUUUUGCUCCAAUUCCGCCUCCAUCCCUUGCAAUCUUCAAUCCGGAUCUUCAAUUUCGAAUACCCAUUAUUUAAUUUCGUCCAAUUUCUUCAGGAUCGUCCUUGAUUCAUGGGGAAUUGCUGUGUCGCCCCGCCGCGGGACCCUCAGGAGCACAACAAGGGGAAGAAGAAGAAGACGAAGCCGAAUCCAUUUUCGAUCGAUUACGGGGUCAACCACGGCGGAGGAAAGAAGCUCACCGUAUUGAGCAGCCCCACGGGCCGCGAAAUUGGGCUACAAUACGAGCUGGGUCGCGAGCUCGGGCGGGGGGAGUUCGGAAUCACGCACCUCUGCACCGAUAAGAUCACCGGAGAGAAGUUCGCCUGCAAAUCGAUUUCCAAGAAGAAGCUGAGGACCGCCGUGGAUGUUGAGGAUGUCCGGCGGGAGGUUCAGAUUAUGAGGCAUUUGCCGAAGCAUCUGAAUAUUGUGAGCUUGAAGGAUACGUAUGAAGACGACAGCGGCGUUCAUUUGGUCAUGGAGCUCUGCGAGGGCGGCGAGUUGUUCGAUCGGAUUGUGGCCAGAGGUCACUACACAGAACGCGCUGCUGCUGUUGUCACGAAAACCAUUGUUGAAGUUGUUCAGAUGUGUCACAAGCAUGGCGUAAUGCAUCGGGAUCUCAAACCCGAGAACUUUUUGUUCGGAAACAAGAAGGAAAAUGCACCACUGAAGGCAAUUGAUUUUGGACUGUCAGUGUUCUUUAAACCUGGCGAAAGAUUCAAUGAGAUUGUUGGAAGUCCGUACUACAUGGCUCCCGAGGUUCUAAAACGAAACUAUGGCCCCGAAGUAGAUGUCUGGAGUGCUGGAGUUAUUCUUUACAUUUUACUUUGUGGUGUCCCACCAUUCUGGGCUGAAACCGAACAAGGAGUUGCACAGGCAAUUAUACGAUCGGUUAUAGAUUUCAAGAGAGACCCUUGGCCGAAAGUUUCUGAUAAUGCAAAAGACCUCGUGAGAAAAAUGCUCGAUCCUGAUCCGAGGCGGCGGCUGACUGCUCAAGAAGUUCUCGAUCAUCCAUGGUUACAGAAUGUGAAGAAAGCUCCUAAUGUCUCCUUGGGAGAAACUGUGAAGGCAAGACUCAAGCAAUUCUCUGUGAUGAACAAGCUGAAGAAAAGAGCUCUAAGGGUAAUUGCUGAGCACUUGUCAGUCGAGGAAGUUGCUGGGAUAAAGGAGGGAUUCGAUAAGAUGGAUACUAACAAUAAAGGAAAAAUUAACAUAGACGAGUUACGAGUAGGUUUACAUAAAUUAGGCCAUCAGAUUGCGGAUACAGAUCUUCAAAUUCUGAUGGAAGCUGGUGAUGUAGACAAGGAUGGAUAUCUAGACUGUGGAGAAUUUGUAGCUAUUUCUGUUCACCUUAAAAGAAUGGGCGACGACGACGAGCAUCUAAGAAAAGCAUUCGAUUUCUUUGAUCAAGACCGGAGUGGUUAUAUAGAAAUCGACGAACUACGAGGUACCUUAGCUGAUGAGAUCGAUGGAAACAGCGAAGAAGUGAUCAAUGCCAUUAUAAACGAUGUCGAUACAGAUAAGGAUGGCCGAAUAAGCUACGAGGAAUUCGCAACGAUGAUGAAGGCGGGAACGGAUUGGAGGAAAGCGUCGAGACAGUACUCUCGAGAGCGGUUCAAUAGCUUGAGUCUGAACUUGAUGAGAGAUGGAUCAUUGCAGUCAAAACAAUGAGAGAGUAGAUGGUCAAUUCUUCACAAACUGGCCAAGUUUCUCAGGAAUCAACCAAUUAUUCGAAGGAGAACUUACAAAUCAUGGGGUUUCUUCUAUAAUUCUUUGUUUCUUUAAAUUUUCUUAUCUCUCUCUAUCUUUAAUCUUUUUUUUUCCCUUUUUUGUUUGGAAACUAGGAUAAGGGGGCAGGGAAUUUUGAUGCAUUUAAGGAUUAAUAUUGUCUUUCUUUUGUUUAAGUGGAGGAGGAAGGUGUGGGUGAUGAUUUUGGAUAUAGGUCUUACAAUUCUGAUUGUAAAUAUGUGAAAGUUGGCAUUCCCAAAGUUUAGAGCAAAAGAUAUAUUAUAGUUUGGUAAAAUAUUCAACUAACAUUUUGAGAAAUCAUAUUUUAGUUCUUUUAA